GGAGCAAGUAGAGGACGACAUCGGCUCCGGUUGUCGGACAUUCAGCUCGUACAACCCGUGCUGGGAGUUCACAAGAAGAAGUGGAGGAGGAGGAGGAAGAAGAUUCAGCCUACUUUAUUUGACAUACAUUACAUUUAUUCGACGAUUUAGUAAAUUCUAAGUCAUCAACCAUGAAGUUACUGUGGGCUGUCAGUGCCCUGUUGUUCAGCUGUUGGCGAGCAAAUGCGUCCACAGCGGGGUUUAUCAAGUCUCCCCUGUCUCAGAUGAAGCUGAUCAAUGACAGUGCAGAGCUGCACUGCGAGGUGAUAGGGAACCCCAUCCCUGAGGUUCAGUGGUGGUUUGUAGAGGGUGAAGAGCCCAAUGAGACCUUUACCCAACUCUUUGAUGGGGCACGGGACGACCGUGUGUUAAUAAAUGCCACAUAUAUAGCACAUGCCACGAGCACCAUUCACCUCACUAGCCUCACCCUCGAGGACUCGGGCACAUACGAGUGCCGCGCUUCCAACGACCCUGACCGCAAUGAACUGAAGAAGACGCCAAAAAUCAAGUGGAUCCGCUCGCAGGCAAACAUUAUUGUGAUUGAAACCCCAAACAUUGUCACUGAACCUUCUGAGGUCAGCAACCAGACCUCCGCAGUCCUCACCUGCAACUUGACGUCCAGCCUUCCCAUCAAAGGAUCCCACUGGACACACAAUGGCAAAGUCAUUGAUGACUCCAAAUACACUAAUUCCUCUUCAUACACAGUCCUGCGUUUGGACAAGAUCACCCACACUUCUGGUGGACAGUAUGAAUGUGUGUUCCAGACUGAUCCAGAGGUGAAGCAGAUAAUUGAAGUCAAAACACUUCCCCAUGUCUAUACCUACAAGCGCUCUGAGCAUGGCAAUGAGAACGACAAAGGUUUGCUGGUCUGUAUGAGCCAUGGCUAUCCACUGCCUACUGACUGGACUUGGUUCAAAGAGGAAGAUGGCGCCCAAACGCCUAUCAUCAAUGGCACUACCGACAAAUAUGAGAUCAAGAGCACCCCAAACAAGACCAUUCUGACCAUUAAGGACCUGAGCAUCCAAAACGACAUUGGAGAUUACAUCUGCUCUGGAACCAAUGACCUAGGCAGCAGUAGUGAAAAGAUCCACCUGCGUGUCCGCAGUCGCUUGGCUGCUCUCUGGCCCUUCCUUGGCAUUGUGGCUGAGGUCAUCAUCCUGGUGACCAUCAUCUUCAUCUAUGAGAAAAGGAGAAAGCCUGAUGAGGUCAAUGACGAUGAUGACUCAGGAUCAGCUCCUCUGAAGAGCAAUUCCACUGCAAAUCACAAAGACAAGAAUGUGAGGCAAAGGAAUUCUAACUAGAAGCUGAAAGAGAUGGACGAGCAGAUGGCAGUCCAGGAUUCAGCUGUUGUGUGGCACAUUAUACUGUGCACCCUGCAAUUUUAAGUACCAUUUUGUGCUUGGGUGUUAAUGUUUUAAGAAAUUGAAUGACUUCCUCUUGUUUUUUUUUUUCUUCUAUAUUCUUCUCCACAUUGUGCAGCCAGAGAAAAUAGUGUGAAGUAAUGUCUGCUUGAGGCCCUGGGGCAAAUAUUGCAUGAGUUUAAAUGCUGAUCUAGCAAAGUGUGUGUUCGUUGUUAAAUCAUUAGAAUGUUCACAUGAGGAAUGCUUAGUUUGUGGUUAAUUUCUGUUCAUGCAGAUGCUUCGUACACUGACCUCACAGUCAUCAGUCUUUCCUUUUUAUAUUCUUCAUUUUGGAAUGGUGACUUGUCAAGCAGCACAAGUUCAGUUUAGAGGAUCUGAAACAUUUUUUGAUCCUGAUACAUCACUGCCAUUCUUACAGCAACGACUGGAGUGUGUUUGAAUUCAUGUGUUUGAUCUGUCCCUACACCACCACAAACCUCCCUUAGCAGAGUUUUAAACUUUGCCUUAACAAGCACCAUUUCUCUUGUCUUUUUGCAUUUUGUUUCCUGUUACAACAUUUAAAUGUGACAGUUAAAAUUAAAUGCAGAAGUGACUAAGAUUCAAUGUUUGCUAGGUUUUGUUGCCAUAAGAAAUUACAGUUUUAAGUAGGAAAGCUUUUGUCCUAUAAGCCAUGCUUUUAUUUCAUUUUAAUAUUCACAUUUUUUAAAUUUAAGUUCUAGUCACCAAUUUUUUGUUACCGUCACAUCCACAGUAAAAAUCUAUUGAGGACCAAGUGCAAGAGAUGUUAACUACUGUCACGUCUGUUGAACACAGCAUAAAUACUACACUAAUGUUUAAAACUACACAUAAACAUUUAAUAAGAUGUUUUUCUUUUUCACUUAAUGUGAGGAAAAAAACAUUUUCUGUGCGACUGUUUGACCGUUGUCUCUAUUCCCUUCACUGUGUAGACAAUUCAGAAGCCAUAAUGUUCCAUUUAACCUGAGUAGUGUUGUGAUUGGAUGUUACCAUUUCAGAGUUACACAAAUAAAAAGAUCUAGCCAGAUUUGUGUAAAUUGUUGUACCUUCCGAGUACAUGGAACACCAUCUGUUGUACAACUUGCACAAACUGAAUAAAGGUAUUGGAUUUUA